AUUUAGACGAGCUUCUCAUAGGUGGGUGCCACACAUCAGGUUAGUUUCUGUCUGUGUCGAAUACGAUGUAGGGAAUUAAAGGCUUUUGCACACUAUGUAGUGUCCAAAGUCGUUUAGGAUUCUGCCAUUUUGGAACUGUGCACUAAAAUGGCGUCCUCCAUAGGAACUGUCACACGAUUUCGCUCGCUUGUCUUCUUCACAUCAACAGUGAAACAAUAUGUGUGUAACACACCGGGACGGUUUUUCAGCUCGUGUCCCUCUGGCCGUGUACAGAGCAAGAGUAGCAUCUUCGAGCACGUUAAGGAGGGCUACAGUGAUAAACCCGAGCUGGACAUGCGGAGAAUCUGUGAACACACCGAUCAAGUCAUUAGUGAGUUGGAGAACAGAAAAGGAGAUUUAGGGGCAUUCGAUGUCCGAGCUAUUAUAUCAGCGUGGAAGCAGCUGCAGGAGGUGCAGAAAGAGAUAAACGAGUUGGAGGAACAGAAGAAAAUUAUCAGUGACAAAGUCCGGGCUCUUGUGGAGCAGCAUGAUAAAAAAGUCCUGUCCGGUCAUAUGGCAUACAAGUCUUUGAGAGAAGAAGGCCGAAAGAUCAGAGUGAGGUUGAGUCAGCUGUAUUCACGACAGAGUGAUGUAGAGGAAGAGUAUUAUUGUCUAGCUCUGAGGCUUCCCAACCGAACGCACCAAGAUGUACCCAUUGGAGAUGAGAGCCAGGCGAAGGUGGUUGAAAUGGUUGGACAUAAAGCUGAGUUUGAAUUCAAAGCGAAAGGCCACCUUGAAAUUGGUGAAAAUCUGGAUAUCAUAAGACAACGACGUCUUGCACAUGUGUCGGGUCACAGGUCGUACUAUCUGAGGGGAGCAGGAGCCCAGCUUCAGAUUGCAUUACAGAACUUUGCUCUCAACCUCCUUCAGAAAAGGGGGUUUAUCCCAAUGGUUGUUCCAGACAUGCUGAAAGGAGUCGUGUUUGAAGGUUGUGGGAUGCAGCCUUACGCUCACAGUUCCCAGGUUUACUCUCUAGACCCGAGUCGCUUCCCCAACCUUAACCUUGCUGGGACAGGGGAAGUCGGAGUUGCAGGUUACUUUAUGGACCAUGCUGUGAAUUUGAAAGACCUGCCAGUAAGGACGGUGUGUUGUAGCACAUGUUACAGAGCAGAAACUGAUACAGGAAGAGAAGCCUGGGGACUAUACAGGGUUCAUCACUUUAAUAAGGUGGAGAUGUUUGGUGUAACAGCAGAUGAAACUGGUCAGGAGAGUUCUCAGCUGUUAGAUGAAUUUGUUUUGUUGCAGAAGGAGAUUUUCUCUUCACUCAACCUCCAUUUCAGAGUUUUGGAUAUGCCCACUCAGGAGCUCGGGGCACCAGCCUUCAGGAAGUAUGACAUUGAAGCGUGGAUGCCAGGCCGUGAAAGUUACGGUGAGAUCUCCAGUGCAUCAAACUGCACUGACUACCAGAGCCGGCGUCUGAACAUUCUGUAUGAGAGAAGUGAUGGCAGUUUUAAGUAUGCUCACACAGUGAAUGCUACAGCGUGUGCUAUUCCACGCACUAUUAUUGCAAUUUUGGAAACGCAUCAAACAAAGGAAGGAACUGUACGUGUUCCAGAAGUUUUGCAGCCUUACCUUGGCUUAGAGGUGAUUGAAAAGCCUUCAUACACUCCCCUGAAGUACAUCGGACCAAAUCAGCCAAACCGUACACCUCAUUCAAUUGUUAAAAGCUAAUUUUACAGUAUUGUGUGUGUACACAGUUUCUUCUAUAUUUUUCAAAAAUCUACAGUUGGGGAAUUUUGAUCCAGGAAGUGACCGCUUCAUUUUUUUUAAAUACCAGAUUUUACAGUUUAACCAGAAAAGAGCUGAUCUGGGUCAAUUGUGCCCUGAGUCUGCUGGAGCCCUGUUUGUUUAUGAUUCAGAUAAUGUGCUGUUUGUUUGUCUCCAGUUUCCACUUUUUAGUUUCUGCUGACUAUAACAUGCUUUUGCAGGCCUUUUACAUGUGUGAAAAACAUGAAGACUGUUGCAUUGCAGUUCUUUUUGUUUGUAUUGGGGACUCCUAUUUCUAUUCCUACUCCUAUUUGACCUAUUAGGCAUGUGAUAUUGUAAACUGAGCAUUCCACCAUGUCCAGUGUAAGGAGUAGGUGAACUGUCAAUCGCAAAAACGUUAUUAAACAGCACAUGAUGUUGACACAUAGCUGACAUUAUUUUCUGUUAAUCUGCAUAGUGUUGAGCAUGAUGGUACCAGUCAAAAAGAAAAUAGAGUUCCAUCACAGUGAAGAGUCAGAGUGCUGCUGAGUGGGUGAUGCUUAUUUCAGUCAGUUUUACUUUGGCGUAAUGGACUAAAAAAGUCACCAAAACUACAACUACAACCCCUUCCCAAACUACAAAAACCACAAUGCAGUGCACUUCAACAAUAACUCUUUACUCUAAUAACCAAUGCAUUCUCCAAUGUUUUUCUGGAGUUCCUAUGCAAAGUAUGUAAUGGUUGGCUGGUUUUCGUAGUACAAUGGGAAAUAAUUGUACAAUAAAUGUCAAUAUACAACAAAUGUUGCAUACUGUGUCAGUGUAAUAUUGUAUAUAAGUGAUAAUAUCUUUGUCACACAAGCCAAGUGUCUUUAUUUCACAUGAACCUCAGAUCAUUACUGACACUUAAGCAUUUUUUUUCCCUCCCAAAAUAGGAAUGUUU